UAGUAAUUCUGCUCCGUGCGUGUGAGAAGGAAGAAAGGAGGGUAGUCUGUAGUGGAGAGCUCCUGGGCUGGAAAAGGGUACGGGGUUGGCUGUUUUCCCUGAUUUCUGUGAGCCCACUCGGCCUGUUUCCACCUCCUUAAUCUGGCGAAAGGCUAAACGGGUAAAAUGGAGGCGGACAGACCCGGCGGAGGACCAAACCCGAACUCCGGAGGCGGCAGCUGCGGAGCGGGGCGCAACCCAAACGGGCCCAAAGCAGCACCGGGCCAGGCGACAUCAGCCGCGGCGACCGGGGCGAUGGCAGCGGCGGCGGUAGGAGGAGGAGGCGGAGGAGGUGGAGGAGGUGGUGGAGGAGGAGGAGGCGGAGGAGGAGUAGUACUAGCGGGAGGAGCAGGACCCGGAGGACCAGGAGUCGGGGCCGUCCCCGGACCGCUGCAGCCGCGGGAGCUGCAGCAGGACGGGGACUCGGGUAUGACGCUUCCCGGGAUCCUGCACUUCAUCCAGUACGAGUGGGGACGCUUCCAGGCCGAGAAAUACCGCUGGGAGGCAGAGAGAGACGAACUCAGGGCCCAGGUGGCGUUCCUGCAGGGCGAGAGGAAAGGGCAGGAGAACAUGAAACAAGACCUGGUGAGGCGGAUCAAAAUGCUGGAGUACGCCCUCAAACAGGAGAGAGCGAAGCACCAGAAGCUGAAGACGGGAAAUGACCCGAGCCAGGGUGACAAGAAGCCAGAGACGGAGGCCGAGCAACUUCCCAAUGGGCCGGCUGAGUCAGACUCUGAACCAGCCAAUCAGAUGUCCUGGAAGGAGGGACGUCAGCUACUACGCAAAUACCUUGAGGAGGUGGGUUACACAGACACCAUCUUGGACAUGCGCUCUAAGCGCGUGCGCUCUCUGCUGGGGCGGAGCAGCCCCGAGGCCAACGGCCCGCCGCCCAGCGAAAGCUGUCCAGAGCCCGAGCCGCGGGCAGGAGGAGAGUCUCUGCUCGUCCGACAAAUAGAGGAACAAAUUAAAAGGAACGCAGGAAAAGAAAGCUCUAAGGAACGUGUGGGCGGCUCUGUGCUGGACAAGAUCCCCUUCCUGCACGGCUGCGAGGACGAUGAUGAAGACGACAGCGACGAGGAAGAUGACUUCCAGGGCAUGGCGACCGACUGCAUCGACGGUCCGCGCAAGAGCAAAAAAUCCCGCGUAAAGAUGGGCUCGGAACCGAUGACCACGGACCUGGACCCCGAGGACGAGGAGGACGAAGACGACUCGGAGGACGCCCUCAGUGAAUUUGACUUCCUGGGCUCGGGGGAGGAUGGGGAGGGGGCGGGAGAGGCCCGGAUCUCGGGGGACGGCCGGGAGUUAGAAAACCGCAGGAACAAGUUACAAGGCAUGAUGUCGGACUUCCCCCCUAAACCUACCCCGCCCCCCUCCGUAUCAGGACAGACUCGCCCCGGGGAAGGUGGUGCUCUGGGCUUCUCCUCUGAUGUUUUCAUCAUGGAUGCUGUGGGAGGAGGCGACAUGAACCUGGGUGAACUGGCUGAUCUCACUGUUGCAAACGACAACGAUCUCUCCAUGGAUAUGCAGGACAACAGAGAAGAAUUCAAGAAGACGUGGAACCCUCGUUUCACACUACGAAGCCACUUUGACGCCAUCCGCGCUUUGACGUUUCACCCCAGCCAGGCGGUGCUGCUCACGGCCUCUGAGGAUGGUACUCUGAAGCUCUGGAACCUGAACAAGGCCAUGCACUCGAAAAAGAAUGCAGCGCUGGAUGUCGAGCCCAUCUAUACAUUCAGAGCACACAGCGGAGCUGUUCUUUCCCUGACGAUGGGUGAAGAUGGAGAUUCCUGCUAUAGUGGAGGUCUGGAUGGGACCGUGAGGUGUUGGAAGAUGCCGGACCUGAAUGUGGAUCCCUAUGAUAACUAUGACCCUGGCAUCGAGAGCAGUGUGCUCGCAGGACAUGAGGACAGCGUCUGGGGUCUGACCUACUCCACUGCUCACCAUCGUCUGGCCUCGUGCUCGGCGGACGGCACCAUUCGCAUCUGGGACCCUCAGAACUCGUCUCCCUGCGUGUCCGUCUUCAAUAAGGAGAGAGAACAUGGAACUCCCACCUCUGUGGCCUUUGUGCCCACCGACCCCAACCAGGUGGUGGUGUCGUUCGACGGUGGCGAGACGCUGCUGUACGACCUCAACACAGAGCAGAGUGUCACUGCACUGGAGACACAGACCAAAGAUGGCAGCGAGCUGAUUAAUCGUGUCGUCAGUCACCCGUCUGAGCCCGUGUCCAUCACUGCACAUGAGAAUCGCACCAUCCGUUUCCUAGACAACAAGACAGGUAAAGUCGUUCACUCCAUGGUGGCUCACUUGGAUGCGGUCACCUGUCUCACUACAGACCCCAAAGGCACUUACCUCAUCUCUGGCAGCCACGACUGCUCGGUGCGCUUAUGGAUGCUGGACAACAGGACGUGCGUGCAGGAGAUCACUGCCCACAGGAAGAAGCACGAUGAGGCCAUUCAUGACGUGGCCUUCCACUCCUCCCAGCCCUUCAUUGCCAGCGCUGGCGCAGACGCCCUCGCCAAGAUCUUUGUCUGACGCCAGCGUCGUCAUUCUGGGUCCGACGACCACCACAACUGGGCCAAAUGAGACUGGAGAGUGCGGUGGACAGUAUUUACCUGCUCACACACACACACACACACACACACACACACACACACACACACACACACACACACAGAAACAGACCCCCUCCACAGACACUUGUCCUGCACCCCACUGGCUGGGUCAUCGCCACAGGACGCCGCCCCUGCGCCUCCCUCCAACCCCUCACUGUUCUCCGAUGCCUCAGUGACUUCUUCUUGUAAUACUAAUCACAUCUUGUAAUGCUUUUUUAUAUCUCUAAAAAUCCUGGCUGCUCUGUUUUCAAGUAAUCAUGUUUGGAGUAACACUUUUCUACACUACAAUAUGCUUUCUCUUUAUAUUUUCUUUGAGUCAGCUAAUGAUUAUUACAAAGCACCGUGUGUGUGUGUGUGUGUGUGUGGGUGUGUGUGUGUGCGUGUGCGUGUGCGUGUGUUUGUCGCGCUUCUGGCACAAAACUUGCAUUUCACAGAGAGAAUCAACCCUGCACAAACGCACCUCCAUUUGUCAUUUCUAGAUCUUGUUUUUUUUUUUUUUUUUGAUAAUUGCUUGUGGUAACAAAAGUAUGUCGGCAUGAUUUGAAGUAGUAACUCUUCCCGAUGUUGACACGUAACAUCUGGCGCAGCCUCUGCAGUGGGAAUCAAUGUAUUACAUUCCAAAGACUCCAGAUAGAGUGCGCGGUUCGUAUUUGGGGUUGGGGAAUGUUUAACCCGGUGUGCGUGCGUGUGUGUUGAACAAAUAGCUUUAAUUUUGUCGCCACGACUCUUUGUCUCAUUGUUUUGUGCGGAGCAUUACAGCGUCCCAGUGAUUCUGCGCGCGUGCGUGUGUAUGUGUGUGUAAGACUUUGUUGUACACUAUGAAUGAACACAUUUCUACAAUCAGAUCCCCAUCUGCAGGUUUUUGAUUUGAAUUUUAAUUCAACUCUUCAGACUGCUGCUGUCUCACCAUUUUAACCAGAUACAGAGUGGUGUGUUUCACUGUGUGCAGCAGUAGUUUUUAAAGUGUGGUGUGUGUUCCUGAUCUUCAGUUCACGAGGGAUUUUUAGGGUUAGCAGGAAUGUUUAGGUUUAUUUUUUGAGCAGAAGUGAAAGUAAAAAAAAAUGAAGAUGUAUCCAGAGCUUCACUGGUUGAAUCCCACUGCUGAAAAGUCACCCUGAGCUGCUUGGGUUGUAUUAGAAAUCACAUCCUGCAAAAAAUUUGUGCCAAAUGCCAAAUCUGCAGAGAGCAUGAUCUGCUGCGGAGUUCUCUCUCCAAAAUGCAUCGUCUCCCUGAUUUUCUGAAGAAAUUGUGAUUAGAUAUAAAUGGAGAGGGAAUCGCACAAAUGUUUUAGUAAAACAUGUUUGAAGUGAAUUUAUUGUAAAUGUAAUGGAGACUGAUUGAAUAAGUAAAGAAAAAAAAUGCUUUGGAGCAAAACUGCAGAUGUAGAUCUUUUAAUGAUUCAAAAUUUUAAAGUAAAAGCUUCAAAUUAACCCUACAAGAGUAAAAUUGAACCGUCACAGGACUCAGUGUGAUGUAGUUUGAAUCCUCCCACACUCUGGAAUACUCUGUUGUGAACCACGUGAGACUCGGCUGUACGUUCUCUACAAAUGCCACCAUUUGUGUCAUUUGGUGCUUCUUCUAUCAUUUUUUUUUUAACUGUACAGAAGUGUGUCUUUGGGUGUGUGUGUGUGUGUGUGUGUGUGUUUGCGCACUAGUUAAAUCCCGGUGCUUUGACAGACCUCGUCAGUCUUGAGUCAGAAUCAGGGACCUGUUUUAAUGUGUCUGUUCCGAGAGGCUCUUGUUUUCUCGUUCACUGGGUCACAAACCUGCGUCGAGUGAAUCACCGUCUUUCAAUCACUUUCAAUCCUGAGAUCAUUUCAUGAACUGUCGUCACAUUUCGAAGCCUAACCGUCACUGUCGAUGUUUGUCAUUCCAGGGAUGUGAAUUACGUGGGCCUCAGUUAUUUCAGGCUGGAUGUUGGGGGGGGGGGGGGGGGGGGGGGGGGUGGGGGUGUACAGAGCUGUUAAUGCUUUACAGUGAGGAUCACCAGGACUGAAGGGCGUUCCGUCUUUCCUCGCUCAAGAGAUCGUUGUUUCCAAGAUGGCGCCACUUGUUGUGGCCGGUGCUUGUUUCUGGUUUGUUGUUAUUUAUUGGAGCUUAGAGAAAAAGCUCACCUUCCCCUCGGUGUCGAGGCGAGGCUCCCUCUUCUUGUAAGAUGUGCAUCAGUUGCACAAGUAGCACAUUAGCCAAACAAAUGUGAAGCUGGCCUCCUCUCUUCGAAGAGCCACGCUUUGGGAACAAUUCAAGUAUGAGCACCACAGCUGGGCACCUUGUUUUGCCGAUCUGGUAUGGUUCAAUUGGACUGAACAUAAUCCAGAGAGGAGAAGACAUUUUUUGAUACAGGCAAGAAAAAAAACAAAAAAAACCAUGAUUGCUGAAGUUUAAAGAAGUGGCCUCUUAGCAUUUCACCUAAAUCUUGACUUUUUAAAGAAAAAAAACCUUCAUCCUUGAGGAUGGUGGUAAAUCAGCUGGUUACUCGCAAGAUACAGGGUCACACUUAGCGGUCACGUCAACGUGAUGAAAGUAGCAUAGAGGUAAAACACUCUUUUCCUAAUCACUGGGGACACUAUAGUAUUCCUAAUUUAUCUCUCUCUACGUAUAUAUGAAUAUAUUUUCACACAGGAUGGUGGACUGGCGCGUGGAUUUAAACAAGCCGUUACUCUGCUGUUGAUUUGACAUGAAUUUUGUCAAAGAGGAGAACCGGGUGCAACUACGUUUAUCGAACUGCUGCUGGGCGAAGCGCCGCGUUGUCGCGUGGAACUACUAUUUGGCCCCAUGUUGCACUACAUCGUUAAAAAGGAGUGGACACACAGGGUGUAGAAAUAUUGUUUUUGUUUUUUUUUGUUUUUUUUUUUUGCAGGUAUUUCUUCUACAAUCUGAAGUGAAUACUUUUACUCUGAGCUAACAGUGUCCCCUCUGUGAGUAGACAAAUCAGUGAGACACAUCAAAAUAACAAAAAAAAAAAAGAAGAAGAAAGGAAUUGAGAUAAAGGUUGUAAAUGAUGACUCGAGUUGCCAUUAUGUGCUGUAAAUGUCCAUCAUUUCCUUGUUUUCAUUCUUGCAUUUCUUUUCUUUGAUUACGAAUACGAUUAAUAAGAUGUAAGAAUACUGUAGUAUCAUACGUGAAUCAUUCUUCCUUACUAGGCAUAGGACUUGCUUGUGAUCGAUAAUGGCAAUGUAAAAGUUGUAAAAAAAAAAAAAAAAAAGUAAGGUGAUUGAAAAAAAAUAUUAAAAAAAGAUAAAAUUGUUAAAAGGAAAAAAAAGAAGAAAAAAAAGGCAGUUAUCAGUCAGAGGCCAAGGUAAAGGACUCUCAUUUCUUUGUGUUUUUAUUUUUUUAUUAGCAAUUUAUCACUGUGUGAUAUUUUGUACAUCAUAUUAAGCUGUAUUCAAACGAUUUCCUCUAACUACAAGGGAUAAGAGACCUGCUUUUUAUUAAUUUUGUUUUAUUAUAUAUUUUUGAACUGCAUUCUAGCUUGUAUCAAAAUGACUUUCUCUUUUUUGUUUACGGGUCCCCUGUUGUAUGUCAUUAAGGAAGAAAAGACAAAAAAAUGAAAAUUUUGUACAGU